UGGAUACGGGAUGCUGCUGGGAACAGAUCAAACAAGGUUAAGCAGAUAACAAAGAGAUCCAGCAGCACCGCACCAUCGCCGGCCACUGGCAGUACUAAUCUGCCGCAUAGAAAUGUCUUUUAGGUCUUGUUUUACGUUGUUGGUAAAAAAGAAUGUUGGUCGGAUUUCUCUGCGGAAGAAAUGCACUCGCUCUGUGGCUGUUAUUGGGGCUCCGUUCUACAAGGGCCAGAAAUGGCGAGGUGUAGAGCAUGGACCAGCUGCAAUCAGAAAUGCCAAACUUAUUGAAAGACUCUCCGGCAUAGGAUGUGAUGUAUAUGAUGUUGGAGAUCUACACUUUGCCCAAGUUCCUAAUGACAAACUGUACAACAACACUGUUAAAUACCCACGUACAGUUGGCCUUGCAUGUCAGGUGUUGGCUGAUGAAGUUAGUAGAGUAGUAGAAGCUGGUUACACUUGUGUAACUUUGGGAGGAGAUCAUAGCUUGGCACUUGGCACUAUUAGCGGUCAUGCCCAACACUGUUCAGAUCUAUGUGUAAUUUGGGUCGAUGCACAUGCGGACAUCAACACCCCACUGACUACUUCAUCAGGAAAUCUCCAUGGACAGCCAGUGUCCUUUCUCUUGAGAGAGCUCCAAGACAAGGUUCCUCUUAUCCCUGGGUUUUCUUGGAUAAAACCAUGCAUUUCCACAUUGGAUAUUGUAUAUAUUGGUUUGCGAGAUCUUGAUGCAGCUGAACAAUUUAUUCUGAAGAAAUAUGACAUCCCAUACUAUUCGAUGAGGCAAAUUGAUUGCAUUGGAAUACAGAAAGUUAUGGAAAGGUCCUUUGAACAGCUAUUGGGAAGGAGACAAAGACCAAUUCAUUUAAGCUUCGACAUAGAUGCAUUUGAUCCAUCCUUGGCAGCAGCUACCGGAACACCAGUAAUUGGAGGGUUAACUUAUAGGGAGGGAAUCUAUAUUACAGAAGAAAUACACAACACAGGAAUGCUGUCAGCUCUAGAUUUGGUGGAAGUUAACCCAGCUCUAGGAUCCUCCCCAGACGAAGUCAAGGCAACAACAAACUUAGCAGUAGAUGUCAUUGCUUCCUGUCUUGGCCAAACAAGAGAAUGCACGCAGAUCAUUAUAGAAGAGCUCCCUGAGCCUACCACAGUAUUUGAAACAGAAAAAGAAGAGCAAAUAAGGAUUUAGAAGAUGAAGGGAUGCCUACGAUCAUCACUUGAAUAGAGUUGAAAUUGACUUUUCUUUUCAGUACUGGUUAUACAUUUGCCAAUAACUGUAGGAAAAUAAACACAACACUAAGGGUCCUUUCACACUAGCGGACCGUUCGUCCGUUCAUUACAAGUCCGUUUACGGACUUAUAAUGAAUCUCUAU